AUGGUAACAAGGCAGCUCGGUGAGGCGCUGGUAGCGUCGUGCAGCACCACGGCCGGCGCCUGGAGAGUGAUCCGGGAUGCUGGAAUCAGCUCACCACGGGGCCGUGACGCUGUGAAUAUUGCUCAGUUACAGCAGAGGGAAAAGGAUUCACAGUCAGAGCCCUCGGAGCUUGAGCUGGACGACGUUGUGAUAACAAACCCCCACAUCGAGGCUAUUCUGGAGAAUGAGGACUGGAUCGAAGAUGCUUCGGGCCUGGUCUCUCACUGCAUCGCUAUUCUCAAGAUUUGUCACACUUUGACAGAGAAGCUCGUUGCAAUGACAAUGGGCUCUGGGGCCAGAAUGAAAUCUCCCACAAGCCUGAGUGACAUUAUUGUGGUGGCAAAGAGGAUCAGCCCCAGGGUGGAUGAUGUUGUGAGGUCGAUGUACCCACCUCUGGAUCCCAAGCUUCUGGAUGCUCGGACAACAGCCCUGCUGCUGUCUGUCAGCCACCUCGUCCUGGUGACCAGGAACACCUGCCACCUAAGCGGGGGCAUGGACUGGAUCGACCAAUCGCUGUCUGCUGCGGAGGAGCACAUGACGGUGCUGCGCGAAGCGGCUCUGGCCACCGAGCCCGAGAGAAGCAUCGCGGGGGGCGCGGAAAGCUUCCUGCAGGAGCAGUCUGCCAUCUGACGGAGGAGGCCCGGCCUGCCCUGGUGAGGGCUGACGCUCCACGUUCCCAGGGCAUCCAUGCUGCUGCUCGGUGCACUGAGGUGGUCAAAUAUUUGCAUGAGCCAUGCAGAGCUAUUAGUAUAUCGACACUGAACUGUUACCAGCGGGUAGCUACGGCAAUGCGCUUCUGCCGGUCCCCUGCUGCUUUGUAGUGUGGUUGAAGUGCCCUGUGCAUGGAACAGUGGGGCUCUGAUUAAUAAAAUCCCAUGAGAAGUCA